CGUCCCAUCAAAACCACUGUAUAACACAAGCUUCUAAUCUCGUAGCGUCAGUGAUCAUCUUUCACCCGAAAGCAGUCAUUGUAGUAAACCGCACUGGUCGGUAAACCGCAUAUUAUUAAGACCGAUCAAGCCACCAGAAGUUGCUUAUCUCUCAAGUUUACUGUUGGAAGUGAGCAAAGAUGCUGCAGUUUGUGAGAUGGGCUGUGUUUGCUGGGGUUAUCGGCAUCGUCACGGCACACGUUCGGCUGGUAUUUCCUCCGGCGAGAACCUACGCUUUCGAUUUUCUCGAUAAUUUGAGAACGCAAGGUCCCUGUGGCAUGCCAUCAUCUCCUGGAGGUCCAGUGACUACCUUAUCACCAGGGGACACCAUCAAUGUGACAUGGCACCUUGCAUAUGCACAUAGGGGUGGAUACAAGUUGUUCAUUAUCGGCCGCAAUGGCACUGAAGUCCUGGCUAAUUUAACAUCACCCGAAGGCUGGAUUGGACUUGAUGAUACCACGACCAUUAAGCAUGAAGUUCAGAUACCUAGUGAUAUGAUGGAGGGUGAUUACAGCUUGGUCUUAAAUCGUCAUGCUGCUGAAUGGGCCACUGGUAACCCUGACCUGGAAUACAUAUUCCAUAGCUGUGCUGAUAUCACCAUCACCGCUGGUGCUAUGUGCAACACUAACAGAGACUGCUCUGGAAAUGGAGUGUGUGGUGCGAACAAUAAGUGUGAAUGUACUGACCUUGCCAGUGGAGAAUAUUGCCAAUAUCUCGAUGACUGCAUGAAUGAGGGAGACUGUAAUAUGAAUGGAGUAUGUACGGUGGUCUCCGACGUUACCUAUUCUUAUCCACGCGCCGUCUGCUUCUGCAAUAAUGGAUUCUUUGGAAGGUAUUGUACCAAAGAAAAUCCGUCUGAUUUCAAAGUUGACAUGACUGCUGCUGAAAUGGAGACGUAUUUCCACAGAAAGCUAUCAGAGUCAAUGGAGGUGUACUACAAAGUUCUUACAAGUUCAAAUGAAGUUGAAGUAGUGGUUAAAUCCACUCGAAAGAGCUGGAUGGGCUUCGGCUGGCGGCCUCAAGGUAUGAAUGGUACAUGUCGUAACUUCCCAGUAGCUUAUUGGUCAGGUGCAUCCCCAGAAGGAGAACCCGAGACAGAGCCACCAGCCACACCAGCAACCAUGGGAAAUCGUCGGCGUCGAUCUGUUCGAUCUCUGCGUGUCAUUCGUGACUCUCAUGAAAUGGAUAAUAUGUGCGUCCCUGGAGGUCAAGGCGGGAGUGCAGAACCUGAGGGCGAACCAGAGCCUACUGCAGAACCGGGUGCAGAACCUACUGCAGAACCGGGUGCAGAACCUACUGCAGAGCCGGGUGCAGAACCUACUGCAGAACCGGAGGGCGAACCAGAAGGUGAACCAGAAGGACCAGCUCUAGGUCCCCUGCAUCCCAUGGACUGUGUAGAUAUAGUGAUCGGUAUGGUCGAUGGCGACAGUUCUCGAGUUGGUGAUUACUACACAAGGGAUCGUUCCACCCCUCGUUAUGACAGCUUCUAUGGAGGUACCGAGGAUCUUACUGCGGCAGGAGGGAAAGAGAACCCAGAUCAUACCAUCGUCGUGUUUCGCAAAAAACUUACAUCUACAGAGAUGUCGGAUCAUAGUAUUACCAGAGGUCCAAUGCAUGUCAUCUUUGCUCGAGGUCAGGAGGCCGGUCAUUAUGUACAUAGUCCACCUAGCGGUAUUGAGUUAUGCACUGGCGACCAACGCUUCUAUAAGCGUUUUGAGUUGAAGUACCACGGUACAACUCAAGACCAACGUGGCCAAGUCCCAAAUUUUGACUUUUUCGUUGAUCCUGAAGCACCACCACCACCUAUGGAUGGUCCGUGUACUGGGAUGUACUCACAGCCUAUGAAUUGUCAAGGAGAUGCAUGCAACUACAUGAUGACAUGGACUUAUGAUGCUCCCAGUGACAAGAUUCAAUUUAACAUCGCUGCAAAGACCGACGUGAAUAAAUGGACCGGAGUGGGCUUCUCAGAGCUAGGUCAAAUGAUUGGAUCUGAUGCUGUUAUUGCAUAUGUUAAAGCAAAUGGUGAAGUAGCCGUGGAAGAUCGUUUCCUUGGUGGUAAGAGCGUAGGUGCUGUGGUUAUUGAUACCACCAACAAUCUUGAAGAGGUUUCUGCUUCAUAUAAUAAUGGCUUGAUGACCAUUGCAUUCACCCGAGCCAGAGACACUAAAGACAUGCAGGAUUUAGCAUUUACUGAUAACGAUUGCUUACAUAUGUUGAUCCCUACUAAUGGAGGAUCAUUUGAUGAGGCAGCCAUGACUCUGGGCUACCACGGACAAACUCCAACAGUGACCAAUAAAAUCUGCAUCAAGGCUUGUAGCGUCCCAACAGUUGCUACUGGUGACGGUAACAAUGGUAGUGACGUCAUGUCAUUAUGCUGGACUACACUGCUUAGCGCUCUCAUCAUGGCAUUCCUAAACAUCAUGUAAGACACAUCAAUGUGACCAUAGAGCAAGGACAGAGAUGUAAAAUAAACCAGUGUCAUUAAUAGGACCAAGCAUAACGGGAAUGACUUCAACGAGAAAUGAGGACAUAUAUUGAUAUUAUUUGCUAAUAUCAGACAUAAAAAAAUGUGUAUUCUACAGGCAUGUUUUGGCUCUUGUAAAAAGAAACGGAGGAACAUUUUAUCACUACAAAGGCUGAUCUAGAUGUACACAUUGUUUAGGCUUUAAUAGACUUUGUUUCAUGCUAUUUAAUCACAAUUUUCUAGAAGUUAACAACAACAAAAAUCGAAAAUCAUACUAAAGUGGGAAGAAUACCAUGUCUGACUCUAUAAGUUGCACUUCUCUCAAAGUGACCAUUCCGUUUUUAGUUGAUUUUGAGCAAAUUUAGGAUUGUAUGUGGAAAAAAUGUGAUGUUAUGUUCGUUACCAAGUAUUCCACUACAGUAAGAGGAGUUGCUUUUAUGAUGACUGUCACUGAAGCUCAAAUCUUGGCAGAUAUUUAUGUAUCUUGACAAUUUAUGUUUAUUUGCACAUAAAAAGUAUAUCUGAUACAAGAAGUUUUAAAUAUUAAAGUAAACAAACAAUGUGAAUAUGAAAAGAGAGCUGGACCCAAUUUCAUUAAGCUGUUAAGCAG